AUGUCUCAAGUCAUCUCAAUGCCAACCUUCACCGUGACCUCUGUCCAUCAGACAGAACAAGUCCCAAGAGAUGUUCGCGAGCGUAUACUGUGCUCCGUUCAGUACAACGUGUUUGCAUUCCCUGCUUCGCUUGUUGCAGUAGACUUCCUUUCGGACUCGGGUACUGCUGCGAUGACCACGAACCAAUGGUCUGCUAUCAUGCAAGGCGACGAGAGUUACGGCCAGAUGAGGCCAGAUCUCAAAAGCAAUACCGCCUUUGAACGGUACUUGGAUUACCAAGAAGGUGGCUUUGUCAACGGCGGCCUCGCACAAAUGACCCGCCCCAAUUGUUUCCUCGUUCCUCAAGGCCGAUGUGCCGAAAGCCUCUUGUUCCAGGCUACCGCUGAUGCCUUUUCUCAACCGGAUAGUCAGCAGCCUAUUGUAAUUAGCAAUGGCUUUUUUGAUACAACUUCGGCCAACGCAUCAGCGGCUGGCUUUCGCCUCAUGACAUUCGCCCAAGAGGGCUGGAUGCACUCGGAGCCUAUUCAGGAUUGGCAGAACAAGAAUACCUUCAAAGGUAACCUGGACAUUUCUGCUGCAGAAAGGUUCCUGUCAAACAGAGAGCCGCAGGACCGCGUGGCUCUUAUCUUACUGACGAUCACCAACAAUUUUGCGGCAGGGCAGCCUGUGUCCAUGGAAAAUAUCAGAGAAGCGUCGCGGCUGUCAAAGAAAUUCAAUAUUCCUCUGAUUUUUGACGCCUGCCGGUUCGCAGAGAAUGCAAUGUUCAUUAAACGAUACGAGAGGGGUUACAAAGAUUCCCCAAUUCCCGAAAUCAUACGGGAAAUCUUUUCUGAGGCUGAUGGUUUCACCAUUUCGCUAAAGAAAGACGGCCUCGCCAACAUGGGAGGUAUUCUUUGCCUUCGUGACGGUGGCAAGUACACGACCAAGCACCCAGGCAUUGGUACUGCCAUCCGGGAACAGCAGAUUCUCCGAUAUGGCAACGACAGUUAUGGUGGUAUGAGCGGGCGUGAUCUUAUGGCUGCCACUGUCGGGCUUUACGAAGGCACCAAGGAGAGUUACCUUUCGUCUCGUAUCGACCAGGUGAACAGGUUUGCUGAAAAGCUUGUUGAAGCACAGCUGCCUGUCUUGUUGCCACCAGGCUCCGCUGUUUUCUUGGACAUGGAUGUCUUUUUCCAAGAUUGCAAUCGACAGUAUGAGGAAUUUGCGGCCUUGGGGUUUACUUUGGAGCUUCUGGGAUCAUACGGGGUACGGGCAUUCGAGCUCGGCCCUUUUGCCUCAGAGUGGGAUAAUCUAGAGGAUGAAGAGAAGGCCAAGGAAUCGACUCCUAACCUUGUGCGAUUCUCAAUUCCGCGGAAUGCCAUGACAGACCAACACCUGGACUAUACUGUUACUGCCGUCAAAGAACUGAUGAAAAAGCGGCAUACCAUACAAGGUGUCCGGGUCACUCAUGGUAAGAAUCUGAGGUUGCGCCAUUUUCAGGCCGCCUUCGAGCCCAUUCCGAUUAACUCAACAUCUUGA